AGCAGCUGACAACUUAGCAUUUGUGUGCUCACACACACACACUCUCUCUCUCAAUCAUCGUCACCUUCAUAAAUCCUUACCCCUAUAUUCUGUCAACACUCUCUCUCCAUCUCUCUCCGUCUCUCUGUUUACAGUUAAUAGCAUGAUUAUGGCAUUCAUCCUAUGUUACCUUUUUCUCUUCUGAGACAAGUGUUUCAAAUACACAUGAAUCAGAAAAUUCCAUUUUACAAUCUCCAAAUUCAAAUAUCAAGGUAGAGAAUUGUGGAUAUGCUGCAGGAGGAGGAGCAGGUGGUGGUGAGUGAUGAGAAAUUGGGAGAUCUGGGAAUUGCGGAAGCCGCCUCGCCGAUUAGCAGCCGGCCGCCGGCUGCUAAUUUUGAAGGCGGCUCCUCCAGCAACCGGUGGCCGCGGCAGGAGACUUUGGCUCUUCUGCAGAUUAGGUCUCAAAUGGAUGCUGCAUUUCGUGAUGCAACUCUUAAGGCUCCUCUUUGGGAACAAGUUUCCAGGAAAUUAGGCGAGGUGGGAUACAAAAGAAGCGCCAAAAAGUGCAAGGAGAAAUUCGAAAACGUCCACAAAUAUUAUAAACGGACUAAAGAAGGCCGCGGCGGUCGCCAAGACGGAAAGACCUACAAAUUCUUCUCCCAGCUCGAAGCGCUCGAUCAAACCACCUCGAAUCCAACGACUGCGGCCGCGGCCACGGCCGUCUCUCUACCCCCUCCGCCUCCGGCCUUAUUCGGCAUCACCUUCUCGACCGACAGCUCAUCCGAAGACGAAGAGAUGGAGACGGGGAAGAGGAAGAGGAGCGGGGAUAGCGACGAGAAAAUGAUGGAUUUCUUCGAGGGCGUGUUGAGGCAAGUGAUGCAGAAGCAGGAAGCGAUGCAGCAGCGGUUUCUAGAAGCGAUAGAGAAGAGGGAGCAAGACAGAAUGAUCAGAGACGAGGCGUGGAAGAGGCAGGACAUGGCGAGGGUGGCACGGGAGCACGAGAUAGCCGCUCAAGAACGCGCCAUCUCGGCCUCCCGAGACGCUGCCAUUGUUGACUUCCUUGAGAAGAUCACAGGACAAACUAUACAGCUGCCAGCUGCACCAGUGCCACCGCCGCCACCUCAGCCAGCUACGGCCGAGAUGCCAGUGCAGGAUUUGGCCACCUCGGAGACCAGCUCGUCCAGGUGGCCAAAACCUGAAGUGCUGGCACUGAUAAAGCUAAGGAGUAGCAUGGAGCCAAGAUUUCAAGAGGCGGGGCCCAAGGGCCCGCUCUGGGAAGAUAUAUCUGCGGGAAUGCAAAGCAUAGGAUACAACAGAAGUGCAAAGAGAUGCAAGGAGAAGUGGGAGAAUAUCAAUAAGUACUUCAAGAAAGUGAAAGAGAGCAACAAGAAACGCCCCCAAGACGCCAAAACCUGUCCUUACUUCGAUGAAUUGGAUGCAUUGUACCGGAAUAAGAUACUUAACGCUGCUCCUUCUACUAGUUUGUCUCACCAACCCGACCUCCCUUCCAACCCUUUUUCCGAAAAUCCUCAGCCAAACCUUGAUGGAGAAAAUCAGCCAGAAGACAUUAUAGAUAAGGGACAUCGACAAGGAAACGGAGAUACAACCGGAAACUACUGCUCUAAUAGUGAUGAAGAUGAAGUUGAGGAGUACGACGACAAAAUGGUUUACAAAAUACAGUUCGUAGGCUCCUCCUCCAAUGCUGGAGCUUCAGCAGCAUCCUCGUUCGUCGCCAUGGUUCAGUAAUCCCGUCCAUACAAUAUUUGAGGCUCAAACUGAGACCACAGAUUCAAUAUUUUUCUUUCUUCACUAUACUCUCAUUUAUCAUUUUGCAGUUUUCUUUAUUUCAUUCAAAUUAAGCCUUUCUCAGCCUCAACACAUCUGGACAAAGGGUCUGUGUUGUGUUGAGGAUGUAUAGGAUGCAAUAAUUUAGUGAUUUAUUCAUUUGAUUGGGUAAUAAAGGAACGGUUGGUUUCAAGCCAUGCGCAAGGAUUCAGUCGGAGGAAGAACCUACCAAAUUCAUAUCGAGGAGCGCUGUGUAGUAUUGUUCUUUUUUCCCCAUUAUUUCCUUUUCCUUUGCAUUGUCCAGACCAAAAAUAUUUCAUUAUAUCUUACUUCAAUUUCAAUAAAUAUCAAGUGUUACUAA